UGUAUCGACCUGCAAACCUGUAGCGACCCAACCCGGUAUCCUUGCCAACCUACGAUAUCUACCACCGUUAUGUCAGAACCAGCAGAUCCUACACCUUCCACCUCUUCACCACCCAAAACCGCCCCGGUCCCAUUCACCUUCAAACGCAAAUCCCGACCACAAUCUUCCCGCAAACGUACCCCUUCUCCCGACGAAGCUCCCUCGAGCUCAGUGGUCAAGCCUACUCAACGUACUACCCUCAAUCCGCUCCUCCAGGGGACCAAGCGGAUACGAGAAGCACGCAAGCGGGAGAGAGACGCCGACGAGCAGUUCAAGGCGGACGAGAGCUUUACCGUCGGUGGUGACGAACUGGUCACCCGUUCAGCCGAAUGGGACCUCACCGGCGAUACCAAAGACGAUAGCGGUCGGAUAAAAAGACCUCGGCUGGAUGAGGACGGGAACAUUCUCCCCAGCGAUGGGACGUACAAGGGCUUGGGAUCGUAUUCGAAUUUCAUCAAAUUGGACGAGAGGCAAGCUCAGAUGUCGAGCAAGAUGAAAGCUGGACCUCAGAAGGCUAGUGCGAAUAUCAGGAGUAUCACCGUGACGGAUUAUCAGCCGGACGUAUGUAAGGAUUACAAAGAAACCGGUUUCUGCGGGUACGGUGACUCCUGUAAAUUCUUGCACGACCGAGGCGACUACCUAGCCGGUUGGCAGAUGGACAAGCUCGCCGUGAACCCCACGACGGGUCGACACGAAGCGCCAGCGGAAGAGGAGGAAGAGGAAGAAGAUAUCCCGUUUGGAUGCUUGAUCUGUAGGAAACCGUUUACCGAGCCGGUGGUGACGAAGUGUGGGCACUAUUUCUGUAUGAACUGCGCAAUCACCCGGUUCGCCAAGACGCCCAAAUGUUACGCUUGCGGGACGGCCACCGGAGGAAUGUUCAACAAGGCCGAAAAGAUCCUCGCCAAGAUGGAAAAGCGCAACCAAGAUCUACGAGACAAGAAGAAGCGAGCGAAAGAAGAUCGCGGGGACAGCGAUUCGGAACAGGACGGGGAGGGGGAAGAUGCAGGGAUCCAGUUCGGAGGUGGGGAGGACAGCGAGGAGGAGUAGA